AGCCACAAGCGCCACUCCGAGCGAGCGCUUGCAGCCAUGGCCAGAGCCCCUGCCCUGGCUCUGCUCCUGCUCGGGCAGCUCCUGGCCGCGACCGUGACCGAGGCACAGAAAGUGGGACCUCGAGGCCCCCCUGGUCCCCAAGGGCCACCUGGGAAGCCAGGCAAGGAUGGCAUCGAUGGAGAAGCUGGUCCCCCAGGUCUGCCUGGGCCCCCGGGGCCAAAAGGGGCUGCAGGGAGACCAGGGAAACCCGGAGAGGCCGGGCUGCCUGGGCUGCCGGGUGUGGACGGCCUGACGGGCAGGGAAGGGCUGCCUGGAUCCAAGGGCGCCCCUGGAGAUCGGGGAAGUCUGGGACCCCCAGGGCCGCCCGGGCUUGGGGGCAAAGGCCUCCCCGGACCCCCUGGAGAGGCAGGAGUCAGCGGGCUCCCAGGUGGACUCGGCCUCCGGGGCCCCCCGGGACCCUCUGGACUCCCAGGCCUGCCCGGCCCUCCAGGCCCUCCUGGACCCCCAGGUCACCCAGGGGUCCUCCCCGAAGGCGCUGCUGACCUCCAGUGCCCAGCCAUCUGCCCACCAGGGCCUCCCGGUCCCCCAGGAAUGCCAGGGUUCAAGGGUCCCACCGGCUACAAAGGGGAGCAGGGAGAAGUCGGCAAAGACGGCGAGAAGGGUGCCCCCGGCCCCCCUGGGCCCCCCGGCAUCCCUGGCACAGUGGGGCUGCAGGGCCCUCGGGGGCUCCGAGGACUGCCAGGGCCACUCGGCCCCCCCGGGGACCGGGGUCCCAUCGGGUUCCGAGGACCCCCCGGGAUCCCAGGAGUUCCCGGAAAAGCGGGUGACAGAGGCGAGAGGGGCCCAGAGGGGGUCCGCGGCCCCAAGGGUGACCUUGGCAGACCUGGUCCCAAAGGAGUCCCCGGAGUGGCCGGGCCAGCCGGAGAGCCGGGCAUGCCGGGCAAGGACGGCAGGGAUGGCGUGCCGGGGCUGGAUGGCGAGAAGGGAGAGGCUGGCCGCACUGGUGCCCCAGGAGAGAAAGGUCCCAACGGGCUGCCGGGUCUCCCCGGAAGAGCAGGGUCCAAGGGUGAGAAGGGAGAGCUGGGCAGAGCCGGAGAGCUGGGCGAGGCUGGCCCCUUAGGAGAGCCGGGCAUCCCGGGCGACGUCGGCAUGCCCGGAGAGCGCGGGGAGGCUGGCCACAGGGGCUCCGCGGGGGCUCUGGGCCCGCAAGGCCCUCCCGGGGCCCCUGGCAUCCGAGGCUUCCAGGGCUGGAAGGGCAGCAUGGGGGACCCUGGCCUGCCAGGCCCCCAGGGCCUCCGAGGUGACGUGGGCGACCGGGGCCCGGGAGGAGCCACAGGCCCUAAGGGAGACCAGGGCAUCGCCGGUUCCGACGGUCUUCCCGGGGACAAAGGCGAGCUGGGACCCAGUGGCCCCGUAGGGCCCAAAGGAGAGUCUGGCAGUCGAGGGGAGCUGGGCCCGAAAGGCAUCCAGGGUCCCAACGGCACCAGCGGCGUCGAGGGCGUCCCAGGCCCCCCUGGGCCUGUGGGCUUCCAGGGCGUCCCCGGCGUGCCUGGUAUCACUGGGAAACCCGGAGUCCCGGGGAAAGAGGCCAGUGAGCAGCGCAUCCGGGAGCUGUGCGGGGGCAUGAUCAGCGAGCAAAUGGCGCAGCUGGCCGCUCACCUGCGGAAGCCGUUAGCGCCGGGAUCCAUUGGUCGGCCCGGCCCCGCGGGGCCCCCUGGUCCCCCGGGGCCCCCCGGCUCCAUUGGUCACCCCGGUGCUCGGGGACCCCCAGGAUAUCGGGGCCCCACCGGAGAGCUGGGAGACCCCGGACCCAGAGGAAGCCAGGGGGACAGAGGAGACAAAGGCUCGGCUGGCGUGGGUCUGGACGGGCCCGACGGAGACCAGGGCCUCCAAGGACCCCAAGGCGUGCCUGGCGUUGGCAAAGACGGCCAAGACGGGGCCCACGGCGAGCCCGGGCUGCCUGGAGACCCUGGCCUUCCUGGUGCCGUUGGCGCUCAGGGCACCCCGGGCAUCUGUGACACCUCGGCCUGCCAAGGAGCUGUGAUGGGCGGGGGCGGGGAAAAGUCGGGUCCUCGGAGCUCCUAAACCAGCCUAGGAAGUGCGAGUGGUGCUGACGGAGGCGUGGGCUCUGGGGGGACCCCAGGGGCCGGCAGCGUCCAUUACCAGAGGGGAAGACGCGCCCCGCUGGAGGUCCGCCGAGGCCUUGCGGGCCUGCCCCCCGCAUCCUCAGUGGCGGUGCCUGGACACCUGGUCCCCAAAGCACCCUCCGCCAGCCAGCGGGAAAGUCCUGUCUCCUGUCUGCUGCGGCCUGUCGGCUGUGACACCGACCCUCGGACACGGGCCUGGCGGCACUGCUGGGAGGGACAUGGCGUGCACACAGGAAGUUUGUACAAGCCCACGAGAGAACAUCCAACAAGCUGUUUACAUGGCACUUGUAUAAAGACUAAGGUGUAAUCCCAAUAAAAUGAUCAAUUAAAUCUUCA